CUCCCCCCUCGUUGAGAAACCACUAUUCGCCGUAUGUUCAUCAUCCCAGGUCUCAACCACGGUGGAAUGGUGCUUGGAUACCGUUCUAAUACCUGGCCUUUUCCAAAAAGACGUCUUCAGCAUAGUUCUCUGCAUGUUCCUUGAGCGGUAAACUCUCCCCAGCAAGUCGCCCAACUGGGGAGAGCCCGAUCCGAGGAGGACUCCGCCCGACCAAGCCGCGAAUAGCUUGACACGGGAGUUCUCUAUCGACGAUGGCAGCAUCGUCACAUAAUCCGUUUCCUCGUUCCCCAAAUCCAUCUACCAGGUCGUAUGACUCUUCGUCGGUAUCGUCAGCAACUUCACCUCGGCCGCAGGUUCAACUCCUAGGAAACUUGAUGAGUUCCAACGCGAGACCGAAUACCAACCAGACGCCGCAGCCCAUAGGCAUUCCGCCCAUGCCGCCGGCGACUCAAACGGGAUUUCAGCCGUAUACUCCGGUUACGGCAACUUCCGUGAUGGGCCGAGAUUCGCUACCCCCGACGGAGUCGGUAGCGAGUACCCCGGGACUCUCUAGCGCUCAAUUAUCGGCGAAUGUCUCGGCUCAAAAACGUGCCUACCGUCAGAGGAGGAAGGACCCUAGCUGCGAUGCCUGUCGGGAAAGAAAGGUCAAGUGUGAUGCUACAGAAACGACAAGCUGCUCAGAAUGCUCAAGCCGCAACGUCAAGUGUCAAUUUACCAAAGAGACCAACCGGCGGAUGUCGUCUAUUAAACAAGUACAGGAUUUAGAGAAGCAGAUCGAGAGGGUACGGAGGGAAAAUAGCAAUCUACGGCGCACUCUUUCCGAACGGGGCGAGCACAUGGACAUCGAUGUAGAGGUAGCUGAGCAGUCGCCGCAACAGCUUCUCCCGGAGUUAAACUCCGAACCCAGGAGACGGAAACGGGCAGCCCCUUUACUUCAAGAUCCCUCCCGAGCGAGGGCGGCAUUUCGAAAUUUCUCAAAGGGCGUAUUAAAACCUCCGGCGCCAUAUCGACAGCCUCAAGCCUCUAUUACUACGUUCGAUCUUCCUAGGCCACCAUUACCGCCUAAGGCAGCAGUGGAUAAGCUCCUUCACACGUAUUACGGAGCGGCACAUAUCAUGAUGCCAAUACUGCACUGGCCAACGUUGCAGCACCAAGUGGAAGAGCUUUACCAAAAUACUACUGACCUACAGCGAGUUCCCAUAUCUUGGCAUUCGAUGUUCUUUGCGGUAUUGGCAGUAGGAAGUCUUUUUAGCAACGAUCCGUAUCCAGAUCGGACAUUACGGGCCAACGAGUUUCUAGAAGCAUCUAGGAGCUUAACAGAUCCGUGGAAUAACGACUUCGACCUGGAUAACGUUCGAGCCUCGUUUCUUACAUCGCUCGCUUUGAAUGAGUUGAAUCUGAAGUCGGGGGCUUGGACAUGGCUGGGAACUGCUGUACGGAGUGCGCAAGAUCUCGAACUGCAUUUGGAAGUCGUUGGUGUGCGUUCUAGAGUGGAAACAGACAUGAGAAGGAGAGUCUGGUGGGCGAUAUACACGCUCGACCGAACGUUAUCUCUGGAGCUCGGGCGCCCAUUUAUGAUCGACGAUGCCGACUGCGAUGUAGCUCUCCCCGAACCAUUCGAUGACCAUUACCUGCACACCGAAGGCCCCGUGCGUCCUCCAAAUGCUGCACCACUAACUCACUUUUUGCACGGAAUCAUCAACAUAGUGCGGUCUUUCUCCGCCAUGAGAAAAGCCUUCUCUAACUCCGUAAUCGAACCGCCACGCCUAGCAACAUUCGACAGUCACUUUGUUGCAUGCCAAAAAAUGUUUCCGGAAGCCUGCGAAGCAAAUAACAGCACACUAAUCGCUCCGCACAUGCUAAUGCCUCUUGCCUACCUCCUUAGUUCCCGACUACUUUUACAUCGUCACAAUCUCGCACCAGGCUGCCCUCCAGAAGCAAGAAACGAUGCUAUUCAGCAAUGCAAAGCCACGGCAAUAGAAACAGCAAAUUUGAUCGCACGGACUAACGCGACGCUUGCCGAUACAGCCACAGCCCUUCUCGUAACCCACAUAUUUCGCUCUACGCUGUUUCUACUCCUAACAGGUUAUUACGAGCUAGCAUCUACGUGUCUGAGAGCCCUAAAAUCAGUUGGCGUGCGACGAGAUAUCGUUAUCCCGUGCGGGCGCUUUUUAUCGUUUUUCUUACAGAUCCUAGGAGCCAAGCAGCAAGAACUACUAACCGUGCUCCCGCGUUCGACGACGCCCGGUUACCCACCGCAAGCGGUUUUACCCGAUCCAAGAGCCGUCCAAGAGGCUUUAUUAAAGGACGAAGAACUCCUGAUUUACGUAAGCGCAGAUAUGCAAGCUAGCACCGAAACGUCUUGGGUAUGGAUCGGUGCUGAGCGCGAGGCCCCGUUAACGACACCCCUAUCGUCUACCGGAGGCGGCCUCGCGCACCCCGAUAACCGGACGGGUUUAAGUGCCAAAGAGCGGGAAGAUUGGGGAGGGUGGGACAAUUUAAUAGAUCUUACAAUGGCUCUAGCUUCCGGCGCAGCAAGCCCGGCUCCCGGCUACACACCUCGAGCGCAAACAUUACCUCCGAUUAAGGUCGAGCAGGGAGUGAAUUUACCUGGAGGCGGGAUCGCUGAAAUUGGGAGUAACAGAAAUAGCCCGACCGCCGGGGCAGCAUCGGGGAGCCGGAGCACGGAAAGGAUCAGCAUCGCGAAUAUAAUUUAACAACGACAUCCAGGCCGUGAUUACCCAGGUAGUAAGGAAAGGGAGAUGGUGGUGCGCAAAAAUAAAAAAUAGGGGGUGACCAAGCCGGAUAGGACCCGGACGAGACUACGAACAUGAACGAACGAACGGACGAAAUACCCCCGUUUAUUCGAAUUUUUUUUCCCCAGUUAAUUUUCGCAUGAUGGCGCUCUGGAGGCUUCCGUGACGCAUUUUUUACGACUGUAUUAUUUAUACCAUUCUUUGCAUCGCCAAACGGUAAUACCCAGUUUCCGAUAUGGUGCCAGUAGAACAUCUGUCAGGGGUUAUUUGAUGUUUUCCCCCAGGCGGCUCCCGUCUGCUUCUUUCGGCUCUGUUCCGUCGACUAGAAAAAUCUUCUUUUUCCUUUAUAACGUACUCGGAAACAUG